UCAUAAAUCAUAACCAUUUCCAAUGAGUAUAACCUUAUGGUUUUUCUUGUUGCCCUUCUGCCUCAUAAACUUGAGCACCAACAUCAUUUUGGCAACUGGUCAUUGUCUUGGCCAUCAACAAUCUUUGUUGCUCCAAUUGAGGAACAACCUCAUAUUCAAUUCCACCAAGUCCAAAAAACUGAUUCACUGGAACCAAAGUGAUGAUUGUUGUGAAUGGAAUGGAGUGGCAUGCAACCAAGGCCAUGUUAUAGCUCUUGACUUGAGCCAAGAAUCCAUCUCUGGAGGUAUUGAAAAUUUAAGCAGUCUCUUCAAGUUGCAAAGUUUGAAUUUGGCCUAUAAUGGAUUCCAUUCUGGGAUUCCUCCAGAGUUUCAAAAGCUAAAGAAUUUGAGGUAUUUGAAUUUGUCAAAUGCUGGCUUUGAGGGGAAAAUUCCAAUUGAGAUCUCUUACCUGACAAAGUUAGUAACUCUUGAUUUGUCUAGCACAGUUACUUCACAACAUGCUUUAAAACUUGAGAUGCCAAAUAUUGCAAUGCUUGUGCAGAACUUCACAGAAAUCAAAGUGCUACAUCUGGAUGGCAUAGCAAUAUCAGCUAAAGGAAAGGUGUGGAGCCAUGCUUUAUCUUCACUUACAAACUUGCAAGUCUUAAGCAUGCCAUCUUGUAAUCUCUCUGGUCCUCUUGAUUCUUCAUUAGCAAAACUACAAUCUCUUUCAAUACUUCAAUUGGACCAGAAUAAUUUAGCAAGUCCAGUGCCAGAGUCUUUGGGAAGUUUGUCUAAUUUGACCAUCUUGCAACUUAGUGGCUGUGGAUUGAAUGGAGUUUUUCCAAAAAUCAUUUUUCAAAUACCAUCAUUGCAGGUGAUUGAUGUGUCUGAUAAUCCAAGUCUUAAUGGUUCUCUAGCAAACUUUCGAAGUCAAGGUUCCCUCUAUAACUUCAACCUUAGCCACACAAAUUUUUCUGGACCUCUGCCAAUGUCUAUUCACAAUUUGAAGGAAUUGUCUAAAUUAGAUCUUUCGAACUGCAAGUUCAUAGGGACACUUCCUUAUUCAAUGUCAAACCUCACCCAACUUGUUCAUCUAGAUUUGUCAUUCAAUAACUUUACUGGUCCUAUUCCAUCAUUUAAUAGGUCCAAGGCCCUCACAGUUUUAUCCCUUAAUCAUAAUAGAUUCAAGGGUACACUUCCAUCCACCCAUUUUGAGGGCCUUACAAAUCUCAUGAGCAUUGAUUUAGGAGAUAACUCCUUUGAUGGAAGAAUACCCUCAUCUUUAUUUAGACUUCAAUCUCUUCAGCAUCUCAUGCUUUAUUACAAUAAAUUUGAUGGUGUGUUGGACGAAUUUCCAAAUGCUUCUUUGUCAUCAUUAGAGAUGCUUGAUUUGAGUGGCAACAAUUUUGAAGGGCCUAUUCCCAUGUCUAUCUUCCAACUCAAACGACUUCGUUUGCUGCAACUUUCCAAAAACAAGUUCAAUGGCACCAUACAACUUGGUAUGCUUGGGAGGCUGCAAAAUUUGUCUUCACUGGAUCUAGGACACAAUAACUUGUUAGUUGAUGCAGGCAUUGAGGAUGACCAUGACGCAUCAUCCUUUCCCAGUUUGAAAACUCUUUGGUUGGCUUCAUGCAAUUUGAGAGAAUUCCCUGACUUUUUGAGAAAUAAAUCUUCACUACUCUACCUAGACUUAUCUAGCAAUCAGAUUCAAGGAACAAUACCCAACUGGAUUUGGAAAUUUAAUUCUAUGGUUGUUUUGAAUAUUUCUUACAACUUUUUGACAGAUAUUGAAGGGCCUUUACAGAAACUUAGUUCAAAUUUGUUCAAACUUGACCUUCACUCAAACCAUCUCCAAGGGCCUGCUCCUACUUUUUUGAAAAAUGCCAUUUACUUGGACUACUCAAGCAAUAGAUUCAGCUCUAUUAACUCAGUUGACAUUGGUAGUCACAUUCCUUUCUUGUAUUUUCUCUCCCUUUCAAACAACAGUUUUCAAGGAAGAAUCCAUGAAUCCUUUUGUAACAUUUCAGAUCUUCGAGCACUUGACCUUUCCCAUAACAGAUUCAAUGGUCAGAUCCCUAUGUGUUUGACAAGUAGAAGUAGCACUCUCAGGCUACUAAAUCUUGGUGGAAAUGAGCUCAAUGGAUAUAUUUCAAAUACAUUAUCAACUUCAUGUUCUUUGAGGUUUUUGGAUCUCAGUGGAAAUCUUUUAAGGGGAACCAUCCCAAAAUCUUUGGCUAAUUGCCAUAAACUACAAGUUCUAAACCUUGGAAACAAUCAACUAGUUGACAGAUUUCCAUGCUUCUUGAAGAGCAUCUCCUCCCUCAGAGUCAUGAUUUUAAGAUCAAACAAAUUGCAUGGGCCUAUUGGAUGUUCCAAUAGCAUUGGCAGUUGGGAGACACUUCAAAUUGUUGAUUUAGCCUCUAACAAUUUCAGUGGUACAUUACCAGCAUCACUCUUACUGAGUUGGAAAACAUUGAUGCUUGAUGAAGAUAAGGGUGGACAAUUUGGUCAUCUAUAUUUUGAUCUCUAUGAUGACUUUAAUCCUAUGAAUUUUAUAACUGCAAUUGUAGAUCUCAACCAUGAGCUACAAAUCAAGUUAGCCAAAAUUAUAGCAUUAGAGCCACAUUUAAUAAUAGACCACAUAAUCUCUCAUAUCUUUGAGGAGGGUGUUGGUGUUCGAGCUUAUGAGGAUUCGGUUACAAUUGUCAACAAAGGUAGACAGUUAAAUUUGGUUAAAAUCCUCAUUGCCUUCACGUCUUUGGAUUUCUCAUCCAACAAUUUUGAAGGGCCAAUACCAAAAGAGCUUAUGAAUCUCACAGCACUACAUGCUCUUAACUUGUCACAAAAUUCUUUCUCAGGUAGCAUCCCUUCUUCCAUAGGAAAUCUAAAACAUCUUGAGUCCUUAGACUUGUCAAUCAACUCUUUAGGUGGAGAGAUUCCUAUGGAGCUUGCAAAGUUAUCAUUUCUUGCUGUCAUGAACAUCUCUUAUAAUCAUUUGGUGGGGAAAAUACCAACAGGUACACAAAUUCAGACAUUUGAGGCUGAUUCAUUUAUAGGGAAUGAAGGGUUAUGUGGACCUCCAUUGACCCCAAAUUGUGAUGGUGAAGGAGGGCAAGGGUUGUCACCACCAGCAUCUGAAACACUUGAUUCUCAUAAAGGGGGUUCAAUUGAAUGGAAUUUCUUAAGUGUAGAGUUGGGGAUGAUUUUUGGUUUUGGAAUUUUCAUCUUUCCCCUUAUUUUUUGGAAGAGAUGGAGGAUAUGGUAUUCCAAGCAUGUAGAUGACAUCCUUUGCAAGAUCGUCCCUCAGCUUGAUUUUGUUUAUGUGCAUCGUGGGGGACAAAAUUAUAGAAUUAUGAGGUGGAAGCCUUAUUGAUGGUAAUUUGCAAUUUUUUCUAUAUUGUA